UAAACACACUGCCCUGCUGUGUGUGUUGCUAUUCUUAGACAAUAUAGCAACAUAUUAUAACCUGAAUCACCAUUUGAGAGCAACCCAGGCGUGAAUCCUAAAAGCACCUUAAACUGUUGCAAGAAAUAUUCGGCAAGCAUUGUAAACAUCAUCAACCCCGUCAUUUGGCAAACAAGAAAACAGGAGCAAGCUGUAUAAAUUGGCCUGUGGUCUUGGCUCCUGUCUUCAGAAGUCCCAUCCUUUUCUUCCCUGCUCUGAUUAGUCAGAUACCGUUUCGGCAAGAUGAAGGCUGCGGUGCUAGGGAUGCUUUUGCUCUUUCUCUCUAUGGCCAUUUCUGAAGCAGCAGCGGAAAGAAAACUCUGCGGAAGGGACUUUGUAAGAGCUGUCGUCUUUACUUGCGGAGGGUCUCGCUGGAGGAGGCAGCUGACUCACUUUCCAAAAAGUCUCACAGGUCAAGAAAGCCACCUGCAUUCACCACUUGACACAAAUGACUCAACAGGUGCCAAUGAAAAGGUGAUCCAAAAGCCAGAAUACCUAAGCAAAGAAUUCAUCCAGUCCAGUUCUGAAGCUGAAGGAGAUCUAUGGGGCACGGAACGAAAGUCUAUACACAAAAGGAAUGAAGAUAUUAUGCGACUCACAGCCACUUGCUGUCUGGUCGGCUGCAGCGACAGCACCAUAAGUUCACUGUGCUGAAAAUGUAUCAGACAGUGGCAUGUAUGCUAUUUCAUAGCU